AUCUUUGCAUUGAAGGUUGGUAGGCAAGUAUGUGUCACAGACUUGAGACAAUGGAGAUAAGCCUCGAAUGGAAAUUCCCGUAACAGAUUAACAUUAUUGUGGGAUAUAUUCUGCAUUUGAGAGUCAUUAGGAAGUGGGUUCCAAUGAUUUGGUUAUUCCACCGUACCUGUUCAUUGUAAUCUUCAUGGAGGAAGGUUUAUGCUGUAAUGGGUUUUCGUGAUUAAAACAAAGAUAAAAGAUGAUCCUUUCGUACAAGUGUAAUAGUUGUUGAUGGUGUUGAUUGGAUGGUGAAAACAAACUUAGCUUCUUCUCCAUGAAUUAACGUUCUUUAUUUGAAUUACUUCCUUUUGGUUAGUGAAGUGUUUUCCUUUUUUUAUAUUUUUUAAAUUUACUUCCGUUUGGUUAGUGAAGUGUAGGCAUGAACAAUGAUAUAGAAUAGCCAUUUUGUUGCUGAAGCAAAGCUAUUAUGCAACAAUUUAAGGAACUUUGCAGUUUGGUUGUUAUGACGUUUAAAUUUUAGACAGUGAUUGCUUUAGCUACCAUUUGUUUCUUGUUAUCUAUGGCAUUUCCUAAGUUGGUUAUUAUGAAGUUCUAACAGAUGGAGUACGUGAGCCCAGAAGGUCUUCGCUUGGAUGGUCGGCGGCCCAUGGAAAUGAGACAAAUUCGAGGAGAGAUUGGUGUUGUGGAAAAAGCCGAUGGGUUCUAAUUACUAAAACCUUGAUUCUUCUUUUCUAAUCCUUGUAAUUUUUUUUUAAAGCUGAUCUUUCAUAUCAAAUUUCAGUUCUGCUGUGUUUGAGAUGGGAAACACCAAAGUCAUUGCUGCAGGGUAUGGCCCUCGAGAGGUUAGCUAAUUCUUUUUUCUUCAUUCUAUAAUUUCGAGCUAAAAUUUUAAUGAACUUGUGCGUGGUACUCAUUAUUAUUUAAAAUGUCUUGUCCAAUUUUCAAUUUAAAUUCAUUUUAGCUGUUAAUAUACUUUUGUUUUCUUGGUCCAAAAUAGGAGCCAGCAGAUGAAUGACAAGGCACUGGUGCGGUGUGAGUACACCAUGGCAAAUUUUAGUACUGGAGAUCGCAUGAGGAAACCAAAGGGUGUAUUCUAUUCUCUUUCAUUUUCAUACAUACAUGUUGGAUCAUCUUCAAUUUACAAUUUAACAUCAGAGUGUUGUAUCCAUAACUAAAUUAAACUAUAUAACUAAAAUGUACAUUUUUAUGCUCUCAGACGAUCCACAGAGAUUUCUCUUGUUAUUCGGCAAACCAUGGAAGCAUGCAUUAUGACACAUUUAAUGCCUCGGACUCAGGUUCCACUGAUGCAUCUUGGGAACUUUUCUUCCAUGAAUGUCUAGUUUGUUCUUUAUUGAGCCUUGUAUCCGUUUGUUGCAGAUUGAUAUUUUUGCGCAAGUUCUCCAAGCAGAUGGAGGAACUAGAUCAGCAUGUAUCAAUGCUGCAACCGUGGCCCUUUCAGAUGCUGGAAUUCCAAUGCGUGAUCUUGUUACUUCUUGUAGUGCCGGUUACCUUAAUAGCACACAUCUACUUGAUUUAAACUAUGUAGAAGAUAGUGCUGGAGGUGCUGAUGUCACUUUAGGUAUUAUGCCGAAGUUGGACAAAAUUACUCUUCUUCAGAUGGAUGCUAAAUUACCAUUGGAUAUUUUUGAAAAUGUAGUGCAACUUGCAAUUGAAGGCUGCAAGGCAGUUGCAACAUAUAUUCGAGAAGUAUUACUAGAGAAUACAAAGCAAUUGGAGUAUCGACGAGGCACUUAGUUUCAAAUCAUGAUUAAUGGUUGUUCGUAUGAAGUUGGAGGCGGCUGUAACAUGAAGACGGUGUUUGAUGGAGGAACUAGGC